GGCUGGCGACCGGUUCGGGGUCUACCCGAAGAUAGCAGUGAUAGGCUCCAGCAGCCCGCGACCCAAGUGAGGAUAAGAGGUAAAGAAAAUGGAUGGAUGGAGAUAAACAUGCACGCAGAUACUGCCCCCCCGCCCAACACACACACAGCCUGCAUGCUCUUCUAGUAGACUUUUAUCGUGAAGAACUCAAGUGAUCAGUCUUACUUUGUUGGUGUCCACAAGCUACAUUAUGUCCUCUCGACUCCAAAGACACAUGAAACACAUCAGCAACUCAACGAACACGUCUACGAUACCAUGAAGUCCAAUCAGCAUAUUUACGGCUCUACACUAACCCCGCCCCCACGGGCUGCCUUAGGGUGGAGCUCCUCCGCCUCCUCAAAUCUUCAUCUUCACUCGCUGAAGAACCUUCACUCGGCUCACUGCUUCUCAACGUCUUACCACAAACCAUCAUGUAGAAGUGGUCCACAUGACGCUUGCCGGAUGAAGACGGGCGCUUGCGUGCUGUUUGCGCUCCUGCUGGCUCGGGCAUGUUUGCGGGAGGCCAAGUGCAGCCUGCCUAUGGAGGUCACCGGUGAGACGGGGGUGCCGAGGCAGAGCGUCACCGGGCGUCACCGUGACGACAUACGUUCGGGUGUGUCGACAGGUCACCGUGACGACAUCCAAUCGAGUGUCACAUCAGGUCACCGUGACGGCUUCCACCGACUGCCUGGACUUUGCCGCCGCCUGAGGAGGCGUCGCCUCAGCUACCUGUGUCACAAGGUGAGCUUCCGCUGCUGGGGGCGGAGCCAGGGGUGGGGCCGGAGCGGCCAGGUGUGCCGAUGUCCGAGAGGUUCCACGUGUUCACGCGUCUUCAUUCGCAGUAUCUGACUGCUGUUUUGACUCAAUUCCUGUCGUCAAGUAUUCAUUGUCAAUUUCGAAUGUAUGCUGUUUAUAUUAGCAAAUUGAUGUUUACACAGGCGGCACGGUGAACGACUGGUUAGCAGAUCUGCCUCACGGUUCUGAGGACCUGGGUUCAAAUCCCGGCCCCGCCUGUGUGGAGUUUGCAUGUUCUCCCCGUGCCUGCAUGGCUUUUCUCAGGGCACUCCGCUUUCCUCCCACAUCCCAAAAACAUCCAUUAAUUGGAGACUCUAAAUUGCCCGUAGGCGUGACUGUGAGUGCGAAUGGUUGUUUGUUUUUAUGUGCCCUGCGAUUGGCUGGCGACCGGUUCCAAUUGUGUCUGUCUGCAGUGUGCAGCCGCUCCGUGUGGUUACGCCCACUCGUACCCCCCCUCCCGCCCGAAGAUAGCUGGGAUAGGCUCCAGCAGUCCGCGACCCUAGUGAGGAGAAGCAGUAAAAGAAAAUGGAUGGAUGGAUGAUAAUAAUAAAUGUUAUUUAAUAAAAUACACUUCUUAAAAACAAAACCUAUCAGGGACAAAGAAACUCCUGCAGCGUCUUGUCUGUGUGUGCAAAGCAAACUGUCACGAGCCCUCCUGCGUGCUGUUCCACCAGCAGCCUGUAGGUGGUCUCAAAGUGUAUGAAGUUGUGCUGAGAUUAUCCUGCACGUGUGUAACACUGAUGUUAACAUCUGGCCCAUGUAGUCCCCUCUCUCUCUCAAAUUGCUAAAGAAAAGUCAAACCCAGGAGGUGAAGGAAAUGGGUGGAAAAACAAGUCAGAGAGCAUCGAUAUUCUCCAGCAGAGAAUAUCGAUAGAUAUAUUCUCCAGCAGUACGUUGGACUAAAAAAAAAAAAAAAAAAAAAAAAGUAAUUGGUGAAAAAUUACAAUGAAUUAGGUAUGCGUGUAUUCGUGGCUGAAUGGCUCUCGAAAGAGAGCACACUUGAGAUCACGCAUUUACAGUGUUUUCCGAGUUCCCACUCAGUGACGGUGUGAAUCUAAGUGCGAAUGGUCGUCCGUGACUAUAUGUCCCCUGCGAGUGACUGGCGACCAGUUCAGGGUGUAGUCCGCCUUUUGCCCAAAGUCAGCCGGGAUAGGCUCCACAGCACCGCGCGGCCCUCAACAGGUUAAGCGGUUGGAUGAGAAGGAUGGAUGGAUGCGACUUUCGGAAUUUAUUUUGAAACUGACAUUGAAACAUAUACAAAAUUCAGUAAUUACAGUUUAAAUAGACUCCACAAUUUUCACAAUACAAAUAUCAGUGUUGAAGAAUAGUGAAUGAAAUGUAAAUGAGAAUAAAGGACGUAAAGACAACGAUGGUUACGUUGCAACAUCCGAUUAUGCGCGGACACAAAAUCAACCGUCACUUUCAAAGUAAAGUGACACUACGAUCCAAAUGUAUAAUUAACAUGGCAUAUGAAAGGAAUAAUCGAUAAAUUGGAUGAAAAUGUGAAUGACAAUCAUUUUAACAUGUAUUGUUCAAAUUUCCUAAUUGUUUUAUUUACGAAGCGACGGAUUGUGACGUCGUGUCAAUUUGAUUGUGAAGGCUUGGUGGCGGAGAUCCUCCUCCGGCCCUCCUGGAAACUCGUCUCGCGUUAUUAGGAUUCCCACUAAGUAUCUCGGCAGGACACGCCCCACUGCAAUAUGAUUGGCUACUGCGUCGCGGGAAGGGCAGGCUGCGCAGAUGUAACGAGAUGACCAUCCCAAACAUGUAUCACGUUUGUGCGAAAUAAAAAGAAAAGUUGGUUGUGGUUAGGUUAAGGGCGAGGGUAGGGAAUUAAGGCGGUUUAGGAUGGGUUAAAGUUAGGAUUAAGGUGUGUUAGGGGGAAAUACAUAUUAACGCCGCCACACUUAAAUCACAUCUUUUCCCGCCUGGAAGCAGUAGGGCGUAUUCUACAGGGAUUCAACAGCCAAUCAUAGUGCAGCGACGCGU